CGCGGGGGCGCGGCGGGCGCUCGGGGCGCCGGCUCCGGCAGUGAGCGACCGCCGUCCGCCGCGACUGCCCGUGUGUGCCCGCCCUUAGCCGCGCCCCCACACAUACGUGAACACUGUGGCCAGUAGCUCCCAGAAGUGCGGACAUAGAUGUGUGCGUAGUGCGCGUGUGUAAGUGCGAGUGUGUGUAUUGCGCGGUGUGCGCGCGCGCCGGGGAGUGGCAUGCGCAGGGGGGGCGCGCGGGGCUCGCCCCGCUAGCGACAUGCGCGCACGCGACGCUGCGCACCUUGCCCUGCUGCUGCUGGCGCAUCUAGUACCGCCAGGUUCAUGCGACGUCGCGGGCGGGGCGGGGUCAGUGAACGCUCUGCCGGCGGGCAGCGCCGGCGCACGUCUGGCGCCGUCCUUCGACGCAGCCACACCACGCAACGUCACCGCCCUCGUCGGGAAGUCCGCCUACCUCAGCUGCCGGGUUCGAAACCUGGGCAACAGAACGGUGUCGUGGAUCCGGCACCGCGACCUGCACAUCCUGACGGUGGGCGGCUACACGUACACGUCGGACCAGCGGUUCCAGGCGACGCACUCGCCGCAGACGGACGACUGGACGCUGCACAUCAAGUGGGCGCAGCAGCGCGACGCCGGCGUCUACGAGUGCCAGGUGUCCACGCAGCCCGUGCGCUCCUUCUUCGUCACACUGCAUGUUGUCGUGCCAUCAGCUCGUAUCCUGGGCGGGCCGGACCUGCACGUGGACAUGGGCUCCACCAUCAACCUCACCUGCCUCAUCCAGUUCUCCCCGGAGCCGCCCGCCUACAUAUUCUGGUACCACGAGGACGAGCAGGUGAUAUCGUACGACUCGUCGCGCGGCGGCGUGUCCGUGGUGACGGAGAAGGGCGCCGCCACCACCUCGUACCUGCUGGUGCAGGACGCCGCGCCCGCAGACUCCGGCCGCUACUCCUGCUCACCCUCCAACGCGGAGGUCGCCUCAGUGCGCGUGCACGUGCUCAACGGGGAGCGGCCGGCGGCCAUGCAGACGGGCAGCGCGGGGCUGUCCAACAGCUCGCGCGUGAUCGCGGCGCUGCUGGCGCUGUGCGCGCUGCACGCGCGGCUGCUGCGCGCGCAGCUCUGCUCCAGCUGAUCGCGCGCGCCUCCCCGCGCCGGUGCAGUGCAGUGUGCCCAGACUCUAACAAUAAAUGGACACGCACAAGAAACACCAGUUUCUUUAAAUUUUUUAUCGAGAAAACUUAGUUUUCGACUAGCUAAGUAAAUAAAUAAAUAAACUAUUCGAGUAAAUACCGAAAACAUUUUUACGAGGAACGGAACACAUAGCGUCAAGUCACUGUGAUUCAUGUUCUGCAUCUCUCGAAGAAAAUGCUAAAAUAAUAAGAUUAUUAAAAUAUAAAGCGGUUUAUUGAGAAGCCACACCAAUGGAUGUGAGAAAUUUUAAUGAAUUGAACUCUUACAUAGCGUUUGUUGCUACUGAACAUUGUACAUAUAUUUAUUGUUUUAUUGUGAAGAUAAUGUAUUUAAAUGAUAUCUAUUGUCGUUAGUGAAGUUAAAGUUUUUAUGAACCAGCCCUACUCAUUAGAUUCAUUCAUUCCACUCCGUCACGUUAUUUGCUCCGGUUGCGUGCAAAUAACAUAACGGUGCGGUACAUGCAGCACUCUGCUCACCUCCUUGGUGGCUGAUGUGUCUGUUACUGUAUUGUGUUCUGGCCUCUUGUAUGGUUAUGUAAUGUGUAAACAGAAGCGCGAUGUGAUCGACAACAACCUCUGUCUUGUUACCUGCUCGGGAUAACGACAGACCUUACCAUGAGUGAGUAAAACAAACCUCUAAACACUUUCUACCACGCGAGGGAAUUCGUAAUAUGAUGUGUUUACAUUGAAGUAUACUCACUAAUUGAAUAAAAAUAUGUACACUUUAGUACCAAUUACCAAAACAGUAAUAACUUUCAUGCAUCAAAUGAGUGAUAAAAUAUUUUUCACACGCGAUACCUGAUAUGUUUGUAUAUAUACAGGCAGUUAUCAAAAAGUGCAUAGCCCAUAAUGAGGCAGCUAAUGAUAUACGUCUGCAUAUUAUUUCAAUUUGAAUAAACUGGUCUUGAACCAAACGAUAAUGGAAGGUUGGUUAGAGGAGGACUACUCACUUUGUAUCGAGUUUUUGUUGACACACUGUAAUUACAUAUUACAUACACAUUAUGUACAGGGGACCCGAAUACAUAACAAUUAUGUUCUCGAAGGAUAACUAUUGUAUAUAUGAUGAUGCAACUGAUAUUGUUUUAUGUGAAUAUUGUUGAAAUGUAAGUAUUUAUUUACAAGUGAUAGAAGGCCCACAAUAACAAUUGCCACAAUUUGAUUACUGGUCUAUUGUAUGGUAAAGUCUUUGGAGGUGCCUGGUGGCCCAUUGUAUCCGUGUAAACAAGGAUCAAAGUUAUUACUUUGAUAUUUCUUUACACAACCUACGUACCUACGAUGACUAAUGUAUUAUUUACACCCAUACAAUUGUACCCUUAGUAUGAGCUUGCUUUACGUUUAAAGUAACCGAAACAAAAGCGCAUUUGGCGCUCUGAUUAGCCGACUAGAAUAUACCAACCAACCUCAUUUCGAUUACUUUAAACAUAAAACAAACUCGUACUAAGGGUACUGUUAACACUACUCGUUGAUCGAGCGAUUAAAUGUACGACUGCUAAACAAAAAUUAAGUUUAAUUUAAAGUCUGAUUUGGGGUUAGCAAAGUAUAAUGCGUUGUUUUAGUAACGAAUGUUCGUGUCUGAUUAGCUAUAGAGGCAGGUCUCUACUUCCCUUUGCUCAGUUGUCACUGAUCACUCGAUUAACGAGAGAGGCUGUAAUAUGUAUUACAUUAAUGGAGUUAUUAAUUGGCAAACCCAAAAACAUUACCACAGAAAUGUAUGCUCAAAAUUAUUAUACAAUAAAUCACUACUGAAACACUGCAACAGCAUGGCAACCUUAUUAUUAUAACAAUAUAUAAUUAUGUGUAAUUAAAAAUCUACGUAUAAUUAUAAUUAGCGAGGAGUUGGUGCGGGUAUUGUGUAAGUGGCCAACGUGGGACAACGAUGGUAUGCUGGAAGGCCAUAGGGCACAGGGCACAGACCACAGGCCACAGAGCAUAGGGCAACUAUAGUACAAUGUACAUAAUGCCACGUGUCUGAACAUACCUUUUUCAAACGCUGCCAGGCCGAGUAUCCGACAGCACAGUGUAUUGCCAUUUGCUACGCACGUCUUUCAAGUAAGCAAGAUAAACAUCAGAUAGCCAGGUGUCAGGGUGUGUGGAAAGACACUUACCUACUUAAUCUAAUGUUAAAUGAAAGUUCGAUGGCUGAUGUUGAACGCCACCUACCUGUGGCUGAGUGUCUCAGUGAGACAUUUACAACAACAUGCAUUUAUACCUACUCAUAUAGCGCAAUUUCAUUGGUCGUAACACGCGUUUCAGAAAUCUCUCGCACCCGUCAUUCGGGCCCUAUCGACUAAUGAAAUUGUGGCAGUAUACUGACAGGACAGUGGUACGGACUGCAUGAUCCCUGGUCACUACGCUAUGGUAGCUGUGACAGUCACUAAGGGUAUCAAAUUGUCUAUAAGUAAAGUUCAUAAUGUUUUAUAUUGUUAGAAACAAGAACAGGAGCGCCAGUUGCAACUAAUUUAUUGAUGACUAACCUGUGGAACAUUGAACAUUGAAGGGUUGAACAUUUUGAUUGCAUUCGAUUUCUCCUUUACUAAGGAACUAAAAUGUAUGAACUUGACUAUUUUGUAAGUGUAUAACACGAUAAUAUGUUAAUGUGACAUGUUGUUUUAAUGUCCUGCAUUGCAUUUAGUACAACAAAAGUUAAAUUGAUACCUUCGAAGCACUAGAACUGGCCUCAAACUCUCAAAUCAUAUUGUUAAUAUGAUUUUCUUAACAAACGUAGACACGUCUCAGUAACAAGAAUUUGUGUUAUAUAAGUAACAAUUGAAUAUGAAGUAUAAAUUAUGUUAUGUUUUAUUUUUAAUCUCAUCAGGAACGCUUGAAAACUACACACACGAUUACAUUGUCUUAUAACGUAAGGUUGAUUGGCAGAAAAUGCUUGAGGCAUUAAGUCCGCCUUUGUAAAUAAUAUUUAGAGCAUGUGUUAUUAAUAAAAUUAAAUGUAAUGAGUCCUUCUUAAUGUUAAAAGGUUGUUCCCCUGCUGUCUUGGAGACUUCAACUCCGUAUUGAUAAAGUCUUACGAUAAAAUCUCAAUUCAACAGAAGUUUAUUUAUUUCAUUUAUUAAAAUGGUCCAAAGAACAACACCUUUCUGAAUGAUACUGAAUAAUAACAAGGGCUGAGCUCAACAUUGUAAGCACGUAUGACAUGGGACAGUGAAGCUGUGCUAAACUGCCUUCUUAUGUGUAAACUAUAAAGGUUUGCACAGACAAGGGGCCUUUUGUCCACUGACUGCAAUUAUCAUCAAGAACUUGCAUCAUUUUUUGUCCAUAUUUUUUUGCUAUUAUAGACCCUUUGUUACCUGUAUAGAAUAACUCACAGUGAGGUAAUAGAGAUGUCCCUAAGAGUGCCCAGAAGCCCAAUUACAGUUGGACAAAAGGCCCCAGCCUGGGCAGGCUACACGUAGCGUAGUACAGUCUACACAGUUAUUUGGUACGCAAGUACAAAAAUAAAGAUGAAUUCAGUACAGUGACAGUAUCAAUUGUUUGGCUAUUAUGCCGAUCAAUGGUUACAAAAGAUAUGGCUUCAUUAAAAUCAUAUACAUAGCGUCGGUACCAAAUCUCAGACAUUUAGUAUGAAAAUGUACGACGAGUCGACCUAGUAAGUCUCUGUGCCGAAUCAACCUUUAUUUUUUUACCUGUAUAUCAAAUAACUGUGCAGAUUGUACCUAUGCUUCGGUCGUCACAGAUUAUUUUGGCGUUCUUGAAAACGUUUAGCUCUAAGUAAAGUAAUUAAUGAUAGGCAAUUGUAAAUUAAAUUCGAAAAUAAAAUGUUUUGUAUAGAAUAAAUUGUAAAUAUGACAUAGAUACAAAAUUUUACAAUAAAAUUGAUCUAAGUAGAGGUGGACAUUACGAUUGUAUGAUACGGAGACUAUAUGUAUGUGAAACAUAAAGUUAAUAUAUGUAUACAUAAAGAGAUAAGUUUGUUUUCAAAUAAAAUAUUUAAUAUUUAAGUAAA